AUGUCUGAGCCCGACGACACCAAAACACAGGCAAGAAAACCGACCCUACUUUCUUCAAGUGUUAAAAAACUCCACUUGAAGACGACGGCCAUCCUCCCCCAGCGGCCUGAAGAAACCGUGCAGGAACACCGACUCUCAAAGCUGCUGGAGAAGGGCUUUGGUCACGUGGAAGUGGCUUUGACUUCACACGUUGCAUUUGACAUUAAGGACAAAUCUCUCCAAACAGCACUUGACACGCACCAGUCCAUAUGUGAGGAAAUGGAGGAGAGCAUUGAUCCUGAGCCACAACUCAAAGCCAAGGGCAAGAAGUCGUACAAACAUGUCAUGAGAUGCUUCCGAGAUUCGCCUGAGGAUUUGGCCAAAGUAAAACAAGGAUUGGAUUCAGAAAUGGGGCACGCUGAGAAGUUGUUCUACGAAAGUUUGAAGAGAGCCGUCGUUUUGGUUCGAGAGAGAGCAGAAGACGCAGACACACUCUCUACAGUCACACCUUUGCCAUCUCUGAAGAGCCAGGAGCUGGACAAGGCCAUCGCAAGUUUGACCCGGAAAAUAUCCAGCUGUGAUGAGAAGGUAGAGAGCACUGAAGAUCAGAAAAGACUUCAACUGGAGCUGGGCCAACUCACUGUCCGCCGCAACAAGCUGUAUUCGGAAGACCGGGAGGAGGAGCGAGAUAUUCAGGAGGUAAAGGACAGGGCCAUAUUGUCAAAAGGUCCCGACGGGUUCAUCUCACUAUUCUAUGCCAUAUCGGACCAAGUUAGCCCCGUUUUAGCGUUUGGGUUUUAG